AUGGACAUGGCGCUCUACGCCCCUGCGAGCCGCGGCCUCGCCAUCUACGUGCAUAUGCAGCUUGACGCACGCAAAUCGCUAGAACAUCCUUACCUAUAUUGCCAUAAGCACGAGGAACAAUUAGACGAACAAAAUCUCUAUUACGGCACGACGAUAGACCUUACGGUGUUGCAACUUCGCAGCUUUGACUGCACGAGCACGUGUCGCGCGGUCUUGCGGUUUGUCGUCGUGUACGGCGGGGCCUGUGCCAGUUUCUUUAUUUGA